AUGUAUUCAUUAUCCCACGUUUCCUUUUCCUUUCAGGUCCCUUUGUUUGGAAACAUGGACGAGCGACUGCUGGACGCCAUAUGUGAACGGCUAAUGCCCAGUCUUUACACAGAGAACACUUACAUUGUCAGGGAAGGAGACCCUGUGGAUGAAAUGCUCUUCAUCAUUCGCGGUCGCCUUGAGAGUGUGACCACCGAUGGUGGGAGGAGCGGCUUCUUCAAUAGAAGUAUUCUUAAAGAGGGAGAUUUCUGUGGGGAGGAACUGCUGACCUGGGCUCUAGAUCCAAAAGCUGGAGCCAACCUCCCUUCUUCCACAAGGACAGUGAGAUCCUUGACUGAAGUAGAAGCUUUUGCAUUAAUGGCUGAUGAGUUGAAGUUUGUUGCGGGUCAGUUCCGCCGCCUCCAUAGUCGACAAGUACAGCACACAUUUCGCUUCUAUUCGCAGCAGUGGAGGACAUGGGCGGCCUGCUUCAUCCAAGCUGCAUGGCGACGGUAUUGCAAGAGAAAGCAAGUGGAACUGCGACGCAGAGAGGAAGAGGCAGAGCUCAAUGACCAGUCGGGUUCCUCUCCAAGCCUCGUUGCAACGAUAUAUGCUUCUAAGUUUGCUGCUAAUGCACUUCGAGGUGUUCAUAGGUUCAGGAAUAAGAGUGGUAGGGAGUUGCUUAAACUGCCUAAGCCUCCAGAACCAGAUUUCUCCGUUGAUGAAGCAGAUUGAUUUAAUUGAGCUACAGAGG